AUGAAUAUAUUAAAAGAAUCUCUAUUUUCUUCUGCAAAUUCGAAUUCUAAAACAAAAAUUAGACGAACACGACAAAAUCAUUCAAAAACUCAUAACUCUCAACAAGAAAGUAUUGCCUUAUCUCAACCACUUUUAUCUGCAUCUGAAAUAGAUAAUCAUAGUAUUGAAUUAGGAACGAUUGAUUCAGACGAUGAUGAUGAUAAAACAAGUUUAAAUACUCGACAUAUUAUCCGUUCACGUAAUACAAAACAACAACCAAUAUCAGUAGCACAUGGUGGUGGUUCAAUUGUUAUUGUUGAAAAACCUAUACGACCACAAGAAACUAUUCAAGCAUUUGCUAUUCGAUAUCGAGUACCCGUAUCUCAGUUAAAACGUUUAAAUAAUUUACAAAAUGAUCAAGAUUUUUAUGCCCUUACGUAUUGUCGAGUACCUGUACGUCGUUUUGGUUUACUUCAUGAAUCAUCAUCGUCAUCAGCAUCAAUAGUUGUUAAUUUAAAUGAUCAAUCAAUAACAAAUACAUCAUUAUCAAUACCACAUUCAUCUCAAGAAAAUCAUCAUGCUUUUUUAACUGCAAUGGAUAAGGACUUAGCAUCAAUGCGUACUAAAGUUGAACAGUUAAUUGAAACACCAACAACAGCAUUAAUACCUGAUCAACCCACAACGAAAAUGAUGAUACGAACGACAACAAAACCUAUUAGUGAAUUGAAUUGUGAUGGUGCCGAUUGUGGCUGUAAAUUUUGGCAUAUUGUUACAGUUAUUAUUCUUAUUGCGCUUCUUAUUCCACUUAUUUAUAUUUAUGUUUAUAUUUAA